AUGACUUCAGUGACUAGAUCAGAGAUCAUAGAAGAAGAACCACCAGUGACGUCUAAGACUUAUGAUCAUCAAUUGGAAUCAAAUCUUGGCCCUGUGGAAGUGUUUACUAAAUCAUCUGCCUCCCUGGAGAUGACUCAAGGUGUUUCAAAGGAAAGAAUUUACCUUGACUCUAGCCUUAUAAAAGGGGGAAGUUGUGAUCCCAGCCACCAGGAAGGACUUCAGUCGAGGUCCCUUCAUUUGUCUACUCAAGAACAAUCUGCACAUCAUCAAGACAGGAGGCAAUCCUGGCGGAGAGCAAGUAUGAAAGAAACGAACCGGCGGAAGUCACUGCCUCCCAUUCACCAGGGCAUCACAGAGCUCAGCAGGUCCAUCAGUGUCAAUUUAGCAGAAAGCAAACGGCUUGGCUCUCUCCUGCUUUCCAGUUUCCAGUUCUCUGUUCAGAAACUUGAACCUUUCCUGAGGGACUCUAAGGGCUUCAGUGUUGAAAGUUUUAGAGCCAAAGCAUCUUCUCUUUCUGAAGAAUUUAAGCAUUUUGCAGACAAACUGGAAAGUGAUGGAACUCUACAAAAAUGUUUUGAAGAUUCAAAUGGAAAAGCAUCAGAUUUGUCUCUGGCAGCAUCAGUGGCUGAGAUGAAGGAAUACAUAACAAAGUUUUCUUUAGAACGUCAGACUUGGGAUCAGCUCUUGCUGCGCUACCAGGCGGAGGCUGAAGAGAUAUUAUCCAGAGAUUCUACUGAAGCCAAAGUGGAACCCGUAACAUAUCUUGGGUCUUCCCAAAGUGAAGUGCUUAAUACAAAGCCUGACUACCAGAAAAUAUUACAGAACCAGAACAGAGUUUUUGAUUGUAUGGAGUUGGUGAUGGAUGAGUUGCAAGGAUCUGUGAAGCAGCUGCAGGCCUUUAUGGAUGAAAGUACCCAGUGCUUCCAGAAGGUGUCAUUACAGCUUGGGAAGAGAAGUGUGCAACAAUUAGAUCCUUCGCCAGCUCGAAAACUACUCAAGCUUCACCUGCAGAACCCGCCUACCACACAUGGAUCUGGAUCUUCUCAGUGACCUUAUGCAGCUUUUCUGCCACAAGGUGCUCAAGAGGAGAGGAAUGGAAAGAGUGCCCUAGCACAUGCUGACUGUGUGGAGAUUUCUGCCCUUUUGCCUUUGAAGAUAACUUGCUGACUGUAGAGCACUUUGACUUUUUCCUAAAAGUGAUGGAAUUUAUGCAUCCAAAAGAACAUUGUAUAGACGCUUUUUCCAGAAAUGUACAAAA